AUGAAUUUCUCCUCAACUUUCUUUUCAUUUCCGAUCCAGUCAGCACACGUGGUGGAUGGCUUUGUUCGGGAAUUCCGCUGCGAAAACAAGGCCCUGAAGUACUACAACAAACACAUCAAGGAGGUAUGUGCCGGCCUCAAGGUCAGCCCGCAGGGCACCAACAUCCUCCUCUCACUGCCUCAACGGCUGUCGAUUGAAUACCGCGAACGUCUCACCGAACUCAUCAUUGAAGACCUCGGGGCAAAGUCUGUCUUCUAC